GGACGACGAGAGAUCUAUAAAUCCAUCAUCUCUGUCUCCCUGCAGUCAAUCCUCGGGGGAGGACGUUUUAUUCCUUCGACUGCGUGACUGCGACCCCUGAAACCACUAAACUCUCCAAGUGACAGAAAAACAUAAUGGUUAAAGCAUAUUCUCAGGAGUACGUUUACAAGCACCCGUGGGAGCGGGUUACUUCUGCAUCUUGGCGCAAGUUUGCUGACCCUGAGAAUAAGCGUACACUAUCUCACAUACUUGAAGUUGACACAUUGAACAGAAAGCUUGAUUCUCAAUCUGGGAAGCUUUACACCACUCGAGCAAUCACUAUCCAUGCCCCAGGACCAUGGUUCGUUCGCAAAAUCAUCGGUCAGGAUAUCUGCCAUUGUGUUGAAUCAACAGUUGUGGAUGCCCAAUUACGGUCGAUGCAACUCAAUACACGCAAUAUCAGUCUCCAGAAGUUUGUAGAAGUGGUAGAGAAGAUUCAGUAUGUUCCUCACCCGGAUAAUCCAGAUGGGUGGACUGUCUGUCGGCAGGAGACUAGCAUUCAGAUUAAGCCAUUGUCAGCAUUGGCAUCAAUGGCAGAAAAGAUAGAGCAACGAUGCGCUGAAAAAUUUUUGCAGAACAGUGCUAAGGGUAGAGAAGUUAUGGAGAGGAUCUGUAAGUAUCUUGAAGCUGAAUCUGGCGGGAUUUCCCUCUAAUUCAGCUGCUUCAAUUCAAUCUUGGUCAUUUAUAGUUGUAGGUCAAAGGUAUGUAAGCUCAUUUGAUGUAUAAAGUAACAGAAGAAUGUGAAAGUGUAACAUCAUAGAAGCUCAGCCUUGAAUUUCCCGUCGAUUGGCUGAAUGUGUAUGAACUGAUGUAACUUUGGGACAUUUUGUUCUCCUGCAUUUUCCAUUUGCUUUGGAGGUUGGAGCUAUCUGAUGCUUUAUACUAUAGAGAUAAGUAUAUGAUUGAUUAA